AUGGCGAAAAUUGAAUGGAAAGAGGCAUUACGGCAGGGAUGCUACAUGGGAAAUGGAAGAAGAAAUGAAAGUCCGAAUCCGGAGUUAUUAUUGAAUCGAGCUCGCAUUCACUUUGCACCUUAUGGCCUCAACCCACCCCACACGCACCCUUGUGCAACUGAGGUCAUCGUGGUCUUGGAAGGUACUCUCUAUGUCGGUUUCGUGACCUCCAACACUGACAACCAUCUCUUCACAAAGGUCUUGUACCUAGGAGAUGUUUUUGUAUUCCCACAGGGUCUUAUUCAGUUUCAAUUUAAUAAUGGAAAGACUAAUGUAGUAGCUCUUGCUGCCCUAAGUAGCCAAAAUUCGGGAACUAUUACUGUUGCUAAUGCAAUGUUCUGGUCAAAUCCAAGGAUUUCUGAUGAUGCUCUUGCCGAGGCAUUCCAAGUGGACAAGAAGGUGGUAGACUAUCUUCAAGCUCAAUCUUGGUGGCCCAACAACUAG